GUACAUCAAGGUACCCUCUUUUCGUAGAAUGGCGACAUGUGCACGGUUUUGAGUGCGAUACGAACGGAAUUUAUGAAAUUGCCGUAAUAAAUAUUGCAGAUCGGAGACAACAGCCCCUUACUCCCGUGGAUAUAAAUGAAACGAAAGUUUUCAGAUAAACUGAUCGUUUAUUGCACUAUCUUUGAGGAGAAUAUCGGAGCUGAAAAGUGCCAUUAGGCCGAAAAGGAGAACGAUUCUACAGUUGUACUGCCAUCUGUUCCAAGAAGAUAUUGCAACCUUGAGGCAGUUUGUGAGACAGUUUGACAGGAUAAGAUGGCUUUUCAACAAGCAUGAAGAAACCCACUUUAUCAGAGUAGACACAAUUGCUUUAAAAAAUUGAAAAAAAGUAUCUUAACGCUAUAAGGAUUCCAGAGAAUUUCAGAGUGGUACAACACAGUGUUAGGCAUGGCUGCUGAAGUGGCUAAACAGCCGAGCUACAGCAGCGCUGUGUUGGGACCACCAGAGAAAGUUGCACAGGACAUGCUCCCGAAUGAGAACCAUCAAGUCUCUGAGCAGCAGGACUCUUCAGAAUCGAAAGAGAAUGUGAACCCUUCUGCUCCAGCCUCGCAAGAUGGAAAUGACGAGGAUAAAGGUGAAGGGAAGAAUUCUGAAAAGAAUGAAGAGAAGAAGAAAUUUGUGCCAGCACCGCCUCCAAAGGUGAAUGCCUGGCAUAGGAACAAGCAAGCACCACCCCCUCCUGCUGUAGUGCCAAACAAUGUAACAUCACCCACCCCCGCAGCAGCCGCGGCAACACUUGCUGCUUCAAAGCAACCACAAAACCCCUCUCAAAGACAAGCAUCCCACAACACUAAAUCUCACCAGGCUUCAAAGCCAGGGGGAGGUAGGACUAACUCAAGACAGUUUAAUGGGCCACGUGAGAAAAGUGCAAAGAGUCCAAAGGCAGAGAAGACUUCCACGAAAGAUUCCAAGGAUUUGGAAGAGAACAAGAAGGAGGCAGCCAAGAAACGCGUGGUUGAAACCACUCCUGCUCCACCCCCUAAAGUAAAUGCUUGGACCAAAGCGCCAAUAAACUCAGUUGUACCCCCAGUGGUGCCUCCGAUGGCUAAUGGUAAUGAAACAGAAGAUGCUGCGGAUCCUGUCCCGUCAGCCGUCAGCGCUGCAGGUAAGUUCUGUGUAAAAAUAAUUUUUUCCAAGGGUGAUCUGACGAGACAAGAAAUCAGAGGGAUGGUCCAUUGUUUAAAUACCAACAAUGUCUUGCCUCACAGAGCUCUUGUUUGGUCAGAAGGAUACAGAUGCAUAUGUUUAGAAUGUUGAAGAUUAUUCAUGUUCUGCAAAUUUGAAGGGCAUUGAUUACAUUUUCAUGUCAUUUUUGUCUCACCUGCAUAGCAGAGUGAGACUAUAGGCGCCGCUUUUCCGACGGCGACGGCGGCGGCGGCGGCGGCGGCGGCGGCGGCGACGGCGGCGUCAACACCAAAUCUUAACCUGAGGUUAAGUUUUUGAAAUGACAGCAUAACUUAGAAAGUAUAUGGACCUAGUUCAUGAAACUUGGCCAUAAGGUUAAUCAAGUAUUACUGAACAUCCUGCCUGAGUUUCAUGUCACAUGACCAAGGUCAAAGGUCAUUUAGGGUCAAUGAACUUAGACCAUGUUGGGGGAAUCAACAUCAAAAUCUUAACCUAAGGUUAAGUUUUUGAAAUGUCAUCAUAACUUAGAAAAUAUAUGGACCUAGUUCAUGAAACUUAUACAUAAGGUUAAUCAAGUAUCACUGAACAUCCUGCAUGAGUUUCACAUCACAUGACCAAGGUCAAAGGUCAUUUAGGGUCAAUGAACUUUGGCCGAAUUGGGGGUAUCUGUUGAAUUACCAUCAUAACUUUGAAAGUUUAUGGAUCUGAUUCAUGAAACUUGGACAUAAUAGUAAUCAAGUAUUACUGAACAUCCUGUGCAAGUUUCAGGUCAUAUGAUCAAGGUCAAAGGUCAUUUAGGGUCAAUGAACUUUGGCCAAAUUGGGGUAUUUGUUGAAUUACAGCCAUAAAUUUGAAAGUGUGUUGGUCUAGUUCAUAAAACUUGGACAUAAUAGUAAUCAAGUAUCACUGAACAUCCUGUGCGAGUUUCAGGUCACAUGAUCAAGGUCAAAGGUCAUGUAAGGUCAAAGAACUUUGGCCACGUUGGGGGUAUUUGUUGAAUUGCCAUCAUAUCUCUAUAAGUGUAUUGGUCUAGUUCAUAAAACGUGGAAAUAAGAGUAACCAAGUAUCACUGAACAUCUUGUGCGAGUUAUAGUAGUUUUCAAAAUCAGCACUGCUGCUAUAUUGAAUCGCGUGAUGCAGGUGAGACGGCCAGAGGCAUUCCACUUGUUAAUCUUUUCAAAGAAGAAAAAAAUAGACUUUCUGGUCACUGAAAAAGACCAAGAGAUUAAAAAUGUCCUCCUCCUGCCAGAGGAGAUGAGAGAAUGCUAUAACUUUCUCAAUUUACAUAGAUGUAUCAUCACUCAUCAGUAAUGUACUGAUUUUUCUUACUUUGUUCAAAUCAAUAUUCAAUAUAAUAUUGUUUGGAUGGACUUGGUUAAAAAUUUACCUUGUCAUUUGAAAGCUAAAAAUAUCACUACCAUGAUACAAGUAUGAGCUCAUUUCCUUGUAAGUAUUUUGAGGGAUAGAGUUACUUUUUUAAAGCUAAAUAUAUGUUCUAGUCAUCAGAUCGCAGUUUAGAAGAAACUGUCACAGUGAUUGGAGGAAUUAAUGCUGGGAGUCGGGCCGGGCUGGAACUCGGAACCUGGCGAGUUGGGGGGAUUUCUGCCGGGUUGAGAGCUAAAACAGCAGAGAUCGAAAGCUGUAAUAAGUCUUGGAAAAAUAACAAAUAGCGAGGUAAUGUAACUAUUUACCUCCACGCCUAAACUGAGCUCAUAUUUACUCCCAAAUAAUCUAACUUAAUUAAUCGAUCCUUAACAUUUUAACCCCAUUGAGCAUCGGAAAUGACCUUAUUUUAGCUUCAUUCACGUGUUUGAAUUCUUAGUCAAAUUUUCACCAAAGAGGGCAGCAACACUGUUGACUUCGUGUUUGCCAGUUAUAAUCGCUGAUUUCAGCACAUAUCCAAAAGAAUAUACGGCGGAGUGAGACCCUAAAUCUGAGAUUUUGAACAAGGAAAUCAAGAUCGAAGCCGAAAUAAAGCUGUUCCUGAUGCUCAAUGAAAGGUUGAAACUACGGUUAAGAUCGUUAUUUGUGAAUUGAUUCGGACAAAAAUUUAGGUGAAAUCAGUUCGCUGACAUCGCUGGUAGGAAAUUGCACUCAGGCCUAGCGUGCACCUAGCGAGGCCAGGCUUUUAUAGGGGCUGCAGUGGUAGUGUUGUGUGGUGGCUCCGAGUUCUGGGCCGAUCCAGGACCCGGAAUUUUUUUUAUAAACCUUCUGGUCCGGGUUCAAGCCGGGUUUUCCUUCCGGGCCCCAACAUUACUUAGAAUCUUGCUAGUAGUACAUGAUGCACAUUAACGUUGGACUCUGGCCCGUAUUCUGAAGUCAGGUUUAAAGUUGUGGUUUAAGUAUGGAUAGCCAAUUGUUACAUAAAUCACUAACGGUAGAGAUAUCAUAUUUCAGCUCAUUUGGCUCUCAAAUCAUUUAUAAUUGUCUAGGAAGUAUAAAUAGAUGAUUGUCUUCACCAUCGAUGAAUCAGGAAAGAGCACAGUAAACAUAAGAAACAUCCAACUUUAAUAAUAAAAAUUUUGACACUUUUGGAUUCCCAUAAUUUUAGCACAGAGACCAUGGUGUAAGUUAAACCAGACUUCAGAAUACGGGCCUUGAGGUCUUUCUCCAGACGUCAAGUGGUGUGUGUGGCUUGUGUCUCACAUUGGUUUUGGAUGAUUCUGGGCACAAGUGUCUCAGUCAGGCCCAGUCUCUGUCUAGGAUAUCAUUCUCUUGGUCUUCUCUGUCGUGCACCCAAUAUCGUUUCCAUUGUAGGCCUACAUUGUAAGAUUUUUAAAUUACUUUGAUCAGAAAUUAAAUGUGUUACGAUGUGAAUCACAUGCAUUCUACAUGGAAAUACAGGUUUGGUUUAUUUUCAAUUGGUCUACUGCCAAUUCGUCCAAGUGCCUACUCGUCUACUAUCAUUUGGUCUAUCAUCAGUUCGUCCACCAUCCACAUGGUCUAAUUUCCAUUUUGUCCACUCACCAUUUCAUCCCAUAACCAGUUGGUCCAAUAACCAGUCAGUCCGUAUGCCAUUUGGUCUAAUUGGACAAAGUGUUAAUUGGGCGAAAUGAAUGAAAAUGAAAUGGAUAUUAGACCAACUGGUUAAAGUUGUACGAGACCAAAUGGUCAGAGAUGAACCGGUAAUUAUACAAAGUGAUGAUGGACUAAAUGGUUAUUGGACCAAAUGGCUGUUAGACAAAGUGUUGAUGGACGGAAUGGCAUUAGAGAUUAGACUAUUUGAAGGUAGACCAUGUGGGGAGUGGACGUGUUGGCAGUAGAGGAAUUGGCAAUUUACAAAUUUUCAGUCUCAACAAUGUGUCAUAAUGUAUUUCAAAUUUUCAGGUAGGAUAGGAGUAUCGUAAUCAUCUUUAAAGCAGAGACCAUUUCCUGAAAAAAACAUGACAAAUUCCCACAAUACAAGUAGGAGUUUCUCCUUGAAAUUUCAAAUUCAGACCGUGAUUGGAAUUCAGAUAAAUAUGUGAUUUCACACAGAAGGGGGACAAGUUCAAAAUUCAUAGACAUAUCGUUUGGGUUGAAAAUGAAAAUAAAAGCCAAGGAGUAGCAAGUAACAUGAACAAGGUUAUAUUAUUGUAAACAGGUCAUUGAAUGACUUACGGUACAUUCAGGGAAUAAUUUUGCUUUCCAAAUUUGAAUAGCAUUUUUGGUCAUGAGAGAAAAGCUCUCAACUAUUAAAGUAAUGUCAGUCCUAUGUAAAAAUAUGCUAUGCAAAAGAUUUUAUAUGCAUAGCAGUCUUUCAAAAAUAUGGAGCAAAUUGCGAUGCGAUACCAGGAAAAUUAUUUCCUGACAUUCCUUUGUGUGACUGACUGCACAUAAUACGCAUGAUUUUCAACUAUUAAUGCUUGCCCAGAUUUUUUUAUAGUUGUCCUGGUUCAGCGGGCAAGCAGGUUUGUUGCGCCUGUUUUAGGCCUGCAGGGCAAUUCUGUCGCAUCAGAUUAAAUUGCAAAGACAUACAUGUACUAUAUCUUCAUUGGCACGUUCGCCUCAUUGUAGAAAGUUAAAAUGAAUUGUACUUGAGGAGGCAUGAUGUCACUGUCCACCAAUUGCAGCAGAAGUAAGGAGGAAGGGAGAGAGAGAGAGAGAAAGUACCACAGCUGUACUGGAGACUCACACUCUUCUCUGUACACAAACUGCAUAUGGGUUAAUACAAUAUUAAAAGGGUAUGUGUAUCUGAUCCAAGAAUACAAAGGUCAUUCUUGAUAGGAGCCUUUGCUAAUUUCCAUAGUGGAACCAUUGAUAAUAAUGCAAUUGUCACAAAGCCAAAUAUGGUGUUGAUAAAUUGUUGGAUUACUGUACAGUGUAUAACCUUUGAACUACAUGUAGUGCAUAGUCAGUGCAGUCAAUACAGUUUGACACUGAUUCUCUACCGUUCCUAUCCUGACCUGGUUUGAUUUUGCCAGGACAGGAGUGCCUGUGAAAAAAAAAAUCUGGUUAGGAUUACAUGUAUAAAGCCAUUCUGUUUCUUUAUUCAUAUCAAAAUUUUCACUUUUCAAACCU